AUGCCACCCAGAGUAGACAGCAUAGCUCUACUCGAACACACCAUGCAAAUGAUCAGAGAGGUGCACACUGACUGGAAUGAAGACCAAAUCUUGGAGUGUGCCUUCUCUAUGAUGAAUCUCCAACCAAAUACCAGCCAAGUCGAAAAGAUUCCUAAGUCAGUACUCAGCAUUGUAUCGCAGAUUGUCAAGCUCAACGAGAACAACUGGGCCAUCUGGGAGCCCAUGUUUAUGGACUGCAUAUGGCCCAUCAAGAACACAAAGCAAAUCCUCACCAGGGAAAUAUCUAGCAACCAAAUGGAAUAUGAUGAAGAACUAAACAGUCAUCUGUUAGGCCUCAUCCUGUCGUCAUGCAACCACAGUCCUGAGAGCAGUAUUCAUACAUACACCAUUCGAGAACAAGGCAAAGAGGAACAACUUGGCUCCACACUGUAUAAGAAACUCAAAGCAGUGCUCACAAUCAAUGACAAAGAACUAGAUCAAAUUUGGAAUGACACUGUGAGGCUGGGCAGUCACAUGGAUGAAAAGCUCAAGAAGUCCACCUUGUACUGCUGUGUCAAAGAUGACUGGCUCUACACUCAGACAGUAGACUCCCUCAAAGCUGCACAGCCGGGCUGUAGCUAUGAAUAUGCCUACCAUGCACUUGCCAAGAAACAUCAAGAAGCCAAACUCUCAGGCCAUAUCCGAGCCACAACCAGACUCGCUGGCAACAAGAAUAUAACCAACCAAGCCAGCGGACCUAGCCAAAUCCUAAACCAAGAAGGCUACAACAGGGGCAGACAUGAUCCCACAAACCCUAAUGAGCUGGCUAAGUGUUACAAAUGCAGGCAACCUGGGCACAUUGCAAUCAAUUGCAUCAGCAACCAGGAGCGAACUUCUACUCAGCAGGGAUAG